AUGGAUGUGCGAUUGGAAAACAGAGAGGCUAAUAUGAUCACCACAAACGAUCAGACGUGUUGCCACUUUCAGGUCGGUUCGAACCUACAGAACCAGAUUCAAAUACUUGUACGGAAAGAGCCAGAAGCACGCAUAGGCAAAACAGCUAUCUCACAAGCUGUUUUGCACAAAUUCAUGUAA